CGAUCACGAUAUCGCGACCAGUCAUGGGCAAGCGAAAGCAGACAAAGAAGUUUGCGCUGACGAAGCGCAUGCUCAAUCCGCACGACCAAAGACUGAAGGAGAAUCAGGUCAAGGAAGCGGCAAAAAAGAAGGCCGAGGAGGCGAAAGCCGUUAAGCACGUCACGCCCGCCGCCUCUUCUCUCUUCUUUCAGCAUAACAGUGCCCUAGGGCCACCGUACCGUGUCAUCGUCGAUACCAACUUCAUCAAUUUCAGUCUGCAGAACAAAAUCGAGCUUGUUCAAGGGAUGAUGGAUUGUCUUUAUGCCAAAACGAUUCCAUGCAUUACGUCUUGUGUGCUGGCCGAGUUGGAGAAGCUAGGGACGAAGUAUCGGAUGGCGCUUCGCGUGGCAAGAGAUCCACGCUUUGAGAGAUUGCCGUGUACCCACAAGGGUACCUAUGCCGAUGACUGCAUCAUCGACCGCAUCACAACGCACAAGUGCUACAUGGUCGCAACUUGCGAUCGCGAGCUGAGGCGGAGAAUUCGCAAAGUGCCGGGCAUUCCCAUCAUGUACUUGAGCAAACACCGAUACGUCGUCGAACGUCUUCCUGACCAGGGCAUGCCGUCUUAGACGCACACUUAAUUCUCGUCUUUCUGCACCUCAUUUUGUACACUAUACAAGCAUAUUCAUGGAUCCUGCGG